AUGCUCACCACCCCGCGUCUCUUCCUGCGAUCCUUCAGACAGUCUCGACCUCUGUUCACCACAAAAUCGGCCCCCACUUUCGUCAAAGCAUUCGCGACAAUGGCGACCGAUCCGACCAAGUACAAGCUUAACCACUCCAUGAUCCGAGUCAAGGAUCCCAAGCGCUCCGUCCAGUUUUACGAGUUCCUGGGCAUGAAAUUGAUCAACAAGCUCGAGAACCCCGAUGCGAAGUUCGACCUCUACUUCCUCGCAUACGAUAGCCCAAAGGCCGCCUCGCACGGCAACCACUGGACCGACCGCGAGGGCAUUGUUGAGCUGACACACAACUACGGCACCGAAAAUGACCCCGAUUACAACAUCACCAACGGCAACACGGAGCCCCACAAGGGCUUCGGUCAUCUCUGCAUUUCGGUCGACAACAUCCAGGCUGCUUGCCAGAGGCUUGAGGAGGCGGGCUACAAGUUCCAGAAGAAAUUGACGGAUGGUCGCAUGAGGCACAUUGCCUUCGCCCUUGAUCCUGAUGGAUACUGGGUUGAGGUUAUCGGCCAGCAGCCGCUCGAGGCCACCGAGAACGUCAAGGAGACCGACGUCCAGACGUACCGCAUGAACCACACCAUGAUUCGUGUCAAGGACCACAAGAAGUCGCUUGCGUUCUACGAGGAUGUCAUGGGAAUGAAGCUGAAGCGCGUCUCUGAGAACAAGGAGGCCAAGUUCAACCUCUAUUUCCUCGGCUACGGGUCGCCUGCACCCGAGCAAACCGCGAAUGGCGUCAAUCCUAUUGCUGACCAGGAAGGCCUUCUUGAAUUGACUUGGAACUACGGCACGGAAGAUGACGCUGAAUUCAAGUACCACAACGGAAACGACCAGCCCCAGGGCUUUGGGCAUAUCUGCGUCUCUGUUGACGACCUGGAUGCGGCUUGCUCGCGUUGGGAGGAGAAGGGAGUGAACUGGAAGAAGAGGCUGACCGACGGCCGGAUGAAGAAUAUUGCGUUCAUCCUCGAUCCCGAUAAUUACUGGAUCGAGGUCGUGCAGAAUGAAAAGUUGAAGCAGAGGUCAAACUGGUGA